AUGUCCUCUGGAGUCUGUGAUGUGUUAUUGUUUAUCCGUUCCCUGGCCCGCAAAAAGCCUUUGGAGCCGGAAGGUGAGCAGUCCAACUUGUGCCGAUGCUUGACCACCCUGGACCUGGUCGGCCUGGGUGUCGGCAGCACACUUGGAGCAGAGGUUUACGUGCUCUCAGGGGAGGUGGCAAGGGAAGUGGCUGGUCCCAGCAUCAUCAUCUCCUUCCUGGUUGCUGCAGUGGCUUCAACUUUGGCAGGGCUGUGCUACGCUGAGCUUGGAGCUCGUGUCCCAAAGACAGGCUCAGCCUACAUUUAUAGCUACGUGACUAUAGGAGAAGUGUGGGCAUUUGUGACUGGCUGGAAUCUGCUGCUGUCUUAUGUCAUUAGAACAUCUAGUAUAGCCAAAGCCUGGACUGGAGCUUUUGAUGACCUGCUAAACAAUGUUAUUGCUGAACAUCUGGGGAAACACACACCGAUGGACUCACCUGGUUUGGCUGAAUACCCAGACUUCUUUGCUGCCAUGCUGAUUAUGUUGCUUGCUGGGGUGCUUGCAUAUGGUGUGAAGGAGUCUACGAUCCUGAAUACUGUUUUUACUGCAGUAAAUGUGUCUGUGUUGAUUUUUAUCAUCAUCUCUGGCUUUAUCAAAGGAGACAUCAAACACUGGCGCAUCAGUGAAAAGGCAGUUCUCAAUGCAACUUGGGAAAUGGAGAAACAUGAGACGGCCCAAAAUGAAACUGUUGACUUCGGUAUCGGCGGGUUUUUCCCCUUUGGUUUUGAGGGAACUUUGGCUGGGGCAGCAACCUGUUUCCAAGCUUUUGUUGGAUUUGACUGCAUUGCCAGUACAGGAGAGGAGGUGCAGAACCCACAAAAAGCCUUGCCUGUUGGGAUUGUGAUGUCCCUCCUUAUUUGCUUCUUGGCUUAUUUUGGAGUAUCAGCUUCUCUGACACUUAUGAUACCCUACUAUCUGCUCGACACUCAUAGUCCAAUACCUGUGGCCUUUGAUUACAUUGGCUGGGAGCCAGCAAAGUAUGCUGUGGCAGUGGGAUCCCUCUGUGCACUUUCAACAAGUCUACUGGGAGUGAUGUUUCCAAUGCCACGGGUGAUGUUUGCCAUGGCCAGAGAUGGGCUUCUCUUCAAGCCACUCUGCUACUUGAGUGAUAGGCAAAGUCCGGUCUUGGCCACAUUGUCCUCAGGAGCAGUGGCUGCUUUCAUGGUCCUUUUAUUUGACCUCAAGGCACUGGUGGACUUGAGUUCUCUUGGGACCAUCUUUGCAUACACUUUUGUUGCAGUAUGUAUUCUUAUAUUAAGGUACAAAGAAGAUGCUGGUUUUGUCCUCAGACAAGAACCAUUCUCAAUAAGGGAGCUGCUCAAGCCAUCAUUUCGAGCCAUUUCGAACCACCGCACCUCUAAAAAUGUCAACAUUCUCACCAUUAUUAUUUUGUUCCUGGUGAUCGUUUUAAGUGUGCUCCUGUCUGAGGCCUUGGACUCCCUCCGCAAACAAGAAGUAUGGAGUGUACUGCUCGUCUGUGUCCUCGUGCUGACACUGGUCUUUGCAGUUGUUAUCAUCCGGAGACAGCCACAGAGCAGGACUAAAGCUGCUUUCAUGGUUCCCUGUGUACCUGUAAUUCCAGUUUUAAGUGUCCUCAUAAAUAUCUACUUGAUGGUUCAACUGGAACGAGACACUUGGGCCAGCUAUGCUGUCUGGAUGGCAAUUGGUUUGAGCAUAUACUUUGCUUAUGGAGUUCAUCAUAGUGUCCAAAAACAAAGGCUCCAAGAAGCUCAUGAACAGCUAGACAGUUAUAAUGUAAGCAGUAACGUUACUGAUUCUGCUGCUUGAUGCUGUGUUCCAUAGAAUAUUUAAGAUGAUCGAGAAAUCACCUUAAAAUC